GCUUCUUGUUAGGGUUCUAUAGCUAUGGCGGAGCAAAUAUUGCAGGAGCCGCUGCCCGCGGGAGUGAAUGAUCGGACAUGGGGCGUGCUUUCGGCUCUCUCGGACGCUGCGAAGAAACGAGCUCAGGGGCAACAUAUGUUCUUGACACUCCCAGAGCAUACCCUGGGGCGCAUGGUCGCGGACACUCUGUUUCUAUUCGAUUCGCCGAGCAUAAGUGGCCGGCAUUGCCGAAUUUUCCGCAAGAAUAUCACUCCUGAUGAUGGGAAAAGCGGGGCGGUGUACAUUAAAGAUUCCAGGUACUUGUUUCUAUGCUGCUUCGAGAGCUCCACGUCUGGAGGGUGCUGCGUUUUCAGCUCAAAUGGGACUUAUGUGAAUGGCCAGAGGUUGAGGAAAGAUUCUCCCGAGUUUCGUCUCCAGCACGGAGAUGUCAUAUCGCUGGCAGCUCUUCCGGAACUUGCUCUUGCAGAGAAUGGCUUUGCGUACGUCUUUCGGGAUACCAGUUCUGGUUUGAAAAGAAAACCAGAAGUAGAGCUGUCCAAGAACGAGGAUGGCAAAAGAAUGAAAAUGUCCGGAUCAGGUAUUGGAGAUGGACCUGUAAAUCUAGCAGAUGUAAGGCGUUUAGAGCGAAGCAAUCAGGAGCUUCGACAGAAACUGGAGCUCGAGUGUAAUAAAAGUGAUAGCCUCAACGCGGACUUGAGAGCAGCCAAGUCCUCCACAGAAUCAAUCGUUAGGGAAGCCGUCGAUCAAUGUAAAUCUGUGUAUACGCAAAAGCUGGCGGACCUGCAAGCAGAGCUGUCAACAAAGGCUUCAAGCAUGGAAGAAUUUUCUGCGAAAUGCGUUCAACAAGAAAGCGUGAUAGAGGACUUGAACAAUAGGUUGAAGGGCGCUGCACAGUCACGAAUGGAGGCUGAAGAAGCCUUAAAGAACAGCUUCAAAGCGAAUAGGGAAGAGCUCGAGAAACAGUUAGAAGAUGAAAGAAGUCAGCGGAGGAAAGAAAGACAAGAAAUUGAAGCACAGCAUAAAUCAGCUGUAGAUAGGAUUCGAACUGAAGCAGAGCAAGACUCGAAUCGACAAGCUGAAGCUUUCUCUCGACAACGAGGGCAGCUGGAAGACAAAAUGGCCGCACUUCAAGACUCUGUGACCGAGUACCGAGUACAAAUCGAAAGCCAGCGAAAGCAACUGGGCAUGCAGGAAGAAGAAAGGGAGACUCGUAUGAAUUUUGAAAAGAAGGGUCAAGAACUACAAAUCCAAUUGAACACUGAGCAACAUGCAUCUGCAGUCCUGAGACAGGAGCUGGAAAAAACGAUACGGGACCUUGAAAUGUCUCUAAACAAUCUGGAGGAAUGCAAGCAUGAAAAGGACGCAGCGCAUAUUAAAAUUUCCUCUCUUCAGCUGGAGAAAGAGGAAGUGUUGAACAAGCUCAAACUUGAAAGCCAACGAUUUGAAGGUGCCAGAGACCGUAUUUUACUGAGAGAGACACAGUUGAGGGCUUUCCAGUCAACCGCGGAAGAGAUUUCGGCGUUACAGCAGAAGCAACAGUUCCAACUUCAAGCCAUGAUGCAAACACUCAAGGACGAUGAUGCGGAGUAUGCUAAUGCCGCUCCUGCUGGCUACUGUUAUAACAACGGUGAAGAGCACAGUGAGUCCAAGACCGUCGACGAGGAAAUGAAGGAUGGCGAAACGAUGAGGGACGAAGGCUCAAAUGGCACACACGUAAAUGCUACUCAAGACAAGACCUUACUUGCAACGCUCGAUCUAAACGAGAUGGCAGAGGAAACCAGUGGCUACAGAGUGGAGCACAACAAUCAGACACAAGCUCGAGAAGACAUACCCACGCAGCUGAACGUGACACAGUGGGAUGCUACACAGUUGAUUCCUCUCGAUAUAGAUCAAGCACGACAACACGCGACUGUCAGGGAUGAUGCUGCAAUUAUGGAAACUCAAAUCACUGCAGCAGAAGUACCGGGGACUCCGUUGGAAAGAGAUGAUCCUGAAACUGCCGGAAACGAACCAGGGACUCCUCUGCUCGAAAGAAACGAAACCGAGGAUGCUGGACAGGUACCAGGAACUCCUGUACUUGCAAGGGGACUUCGAGGAACUGACUCGCAGACACAACUUCGAAGGAGUAGUCUAUGCACAGCGGACCUUGUCACGUCGGAAGUUCUGGGCAGUGACGGAAACUACUCCCAGGAUGAAGUAGAGAGGAGGGUUUUGGCGAGCCAAGUUGGAAAUAGUGAUAGCCUGCAAGUUAGAGGCGCUGCAAGGGAUGACGCAGCGGUCGUGAGGAUUGAUACACUGGGCAGUCAGAGUUCUGCAAUGGUUGUGAAGGACGAGAUUCCGAGUCCGAUCAACGAGAUAGCGCCGGAUUCACAAGAAGAAGCCGAGGCAGAAGAAGCAGGAGACACGGAGGAAGAAGCAGGAGGGGAGGGGAACGCGAGUGACACUGAUGAGAACUAGUUGUUUGUAUAUAGUGUUCUUUGCUCCCCAAUCCAGACUUGUGGAGGCAGCUCCAAAAUUGUCCGCUGGCAACGGGAGGACGUUUCAGUUUCUCUCGCCGGCUAUACUUUGUAAGGCACACAGGUACACUCAAGUUUA